AAGUAAACAAACCAGUUUUCUGGCAAUAUGGUUGUGGCACUUUUUCUUUAGAGAAGUAUUGUUUUUUCUGCUUUUUAUUUUUUCUUUAAACGUUGUCCUAUAUUCGAUUUAAAUCGUAGAAAGUGUUUCAUUCUAGCAUAUUUGAAUGUUAUAAGCCCUACAGUGAUAUGUGAGGGGUAUUUUCGCUUACGAUUUUGAAAUAAAAUGUGUUGUGAAGAUAAGAGAGGAAUUUUAAAUACAAUCUUAUUGCUGCUGAAGUUUCAUAUAAGUGUCGUAAUGAUUUCAUAUUGCUAAAAUGAAUGUUACAGCAAAUAUCCUCCUGCCAAGAAGGCAAAUCAUGUCUGUUCCUUUAAACAGUGAUAUAACGGAUGCUACUUCUGUAGGUGUGAAUCAUUCAUUAUUUAAUGGGACAACAAUAAUUUCGCCUAUAUUUCUACAGACUAUUGCUGCACAAACCAUAUCUGGUGUUUUUGUUUGGUCUGCUUUGCUUAUAACUUGCUAUCAGAUUUACCUCCAUUUAUGUUACUAUACAAGUCCAGCAGAACAACGAUGGAUUGUUCGAAUUUUGUUUAUAGUCCCCAUUUAUGCUUUUGAUUCUUGGUUGUCUUUGUUAUUUUUUCAUGAUAUGUAUUAUAUAUAUUUUGACAGUGUCAGGAACUGGUAUGAAGCAUUUGUGAUCUAUAACUUCUUAAGUUUGUGUUAUGAGUAUCUUGGUGGUGAAAGUAAUAUUAUGGCUGAAAUUCGAGGCCAGCCAAUAAAAUCCAGUCUUUUGUAUGGAACUUGUUGUCUCAGUGGAAAAACUUACACCAUUGGCAUUUUAAGGUUUUGUAAACAGGCCACGCUUCAAUUUUGUGCUGUGAAGCCACUGAUGUCUGUUAUUACCUUAAUUUUACAACCUUUUGGAAAAUACUCAGAUGGAGAUUUUAGACCUGACAGUGGUUAUCUUUAUAUCACAAUCAUCUACAAUAUAAGCAUUACAUUAGCUCUGUAUGGACUUGUUUUAUUUUAUUUUGCUACUAAAGAACUUUUAUCACCUUAUGAACCAGUUUGGAAAUUCUGUACAAUAAAGUCUGUCAUUUUUCUCUCUUUCUGGCAAGGUGUUGUUUUAGCUAUAUUAGAAAAAGGUGGUGUAAUAUCAUCAAUUCCUGGCACGAGUGCUGGAACUGUAUCAGCUGGUUACCAGAAUUUUUUGAUCUGCAUUGAGAUGUUUUUUGCAUCAUUGGCACUCCGAUGUGCUUUCCCUCAUACUGUAUACAUGACUGGAUUUCAGACUGAUGGCUAUGGCAGAACAGUUACCAUGCAAAGCAUUUCUAGUAGUUUAAAGGAAACCAUAAAUCCUAAGGAUAUAAUGAACGAUGCUAUUCACAAUUUUCAUCCUCAAUAUCAGCAGUAUACUCAGUAUACUGCACCUCCACCUCCACUGCCAGGAAUGAGUGGGGACACCACAGCUAAUGGAGGAAUUGAACCCAACUCUAAUGAUAGACAAAUGAGCAGCAACACAAACAAUGCACAAGCUACUCCCGUUCCUCUGCAGUAUGGCGAAAAGAUUCUUCUUCUUAGUUCAGACGAUGAAUUUCAGUAAAAAUAAUAGGCUUCUGCAGCUGUAAAUGCAACUAUGAAUAUUUAAUGCUGUCUAAUGAGUACAUUGUGAAAUGCUAGAAAUAUGGAUAUGUCUUUCUAAUAGUUAUUUGAAAGCUUUUAUGUGAUGAUUAUUUUGAAUUUUGCUUACAGUGUUGAAUUCAGUGAAUCGGCUGAGUUGGUCACAGAUGCUAUUGCAGUUGUUGGAUUGUUUACAUUUAUGUAGAUAAUACGAUGUACUUACUCAUUGUAAUAUAUGUUUUAAUGUUAUGUACCUAAUAUUCAAAUUUUAAUUAAUUUGAUGAUUUUAUAUUGUUUGGUUUGAUAAGUUUGAAAGUGUCUGCAGCUUUCGUCAUGAGAUAGAAGCAGCUGCAAUUUUGUAAAUUUCUAUUAAAACUGCCAUUUUCAUUUGCCUACUCUAGAUACUGGUUUUUGAGGAUAAUUGCCAUUUUUUAAAAAAUAUAAACAAAUGUGUCAUGUAAAGAUAUAAUUCAAGACACAUUCCUUUUUUUUACAUUUGUAAUACUUUUGUAUAGAUUUAAGUGGUUGAAAAUUCAGUUUUUUUAUUCUUAAUCAUUGAUUUAUGUAAUUGAUUUUUGGAAAUCUUAAUUGAUUCAUUCAUUAAUUAUUAAAUCAUUUCCUAUGUUUGAAUCUGUGAUUAAGUACCUGCACUUGUGACAUUAUUUAGAUAUUUUUUUGUUCGUAUUCUUUUUUGCAGAAUAUUUACAAAUAAUAUUUUAAAUUAUAUCUUUUGAUUGUAUAAUCAUUAUUGGCUUACAUAUUCCCCAUAUUCAUGUGUAAAAAAAAAAAAAAAAAAAGAAGUUUCUCAACAUAUAAUGUGAGCCUUAUGGUGUAUACUUGUUUUGGAAAUUAAUCAGAAUUUUGUAGCUUCAUUAUAGAUCAACUGUUUAUUUUUAAAAAAAAAAAAAGAUUUUAAAUAGUUUUACAGCCCUAAACAAAUUCAUCUUUGCACUGGCAUAUUGCUUUUUGACUUAUUGCAGAGAUAAAAAGAAAUUUGAUAUUAAAUACAGGUUAUUUUAUUCUUAGAAUUUUCUGUGUCUCUCAGAAAAAAGUUUUUUUUUUGUAACAUUUAUUAUUAUUUAAGUUACUAUCUUUCUCUAUAUGUCCUGAGAUUUAUAUUUUCAUUUGUUACAUUUUGAAUGUUUUCCAUUCUUUUUCUAACUUGAAAAGCAAAGCCAAAGUAUAUUAGCUAUUUUGUUUACAAAGUUAGAUGUUUUAAACAAUCUAGAUUUGUCAUGAUGUAAAAUAAGUGUGUACAGAAAUUUUUUUAAAAAUAAUUCUUUAAUUUUUUAGAGAUGAUGUUUUGGAGGUCAUUAUCAAAUGUAUAUUGAAUUCGAUUUCUUACCUUAUUUUAUUGAUGGCUACUUUCAGUUUGUAUUUUGUUAUACUUUUGUAAUCUAAAUACCAAUGAGAUUAAAAAAUAUAUAUACUAUUAGCAAGUUUGAGACUUACAAAAUCUAUUGAUAUUCAGUGUUUAGUGAAAAAGUUUCAAUUUAAUAUAUUUCAGGUACUUAAUAUUAAUCUUAUUUGAAAUUAUGCAUUAUACAUUGUAUAAAAAAAUUGUGAAAUUAGCAUAUUUUUGAUGAAUGUAGCAGAUAUUCAUUCAGAAUCUCUUCAAACUUAAUCAUGUAUGAUCUGCAUAAUAUCAAAAUAAAUCUAUCCUUUGUACAUAAAAUAAAAUAUUUAUGUAAAUAAAAGUAUAUGAACAGAUAUAUUUAUUAUAAAGAAAUCCUCUUGUUUGUAAUAUUAAUGUACUGUAGCAAAACUCUUGAAUGCUGCAUAUGUUCCUUCAUUUUUCUUUCAGCCAUAUGUUCUAUUUUAUUGAUAACAGAAAAUUUUGUAUGCAAAUAUCUUAUUACUUUUACACUUAAGAUAUCUUUUGCUAGAAUGUGUGUUAGCAGCCAUUGUUUCUUUGGUUUUGUGAUCAUUGCUUACAAAUAAAAUUGUAUAAGCUGCA